AUGGUCAGCAAAAAUGUAAAGCAGCUUUUCCAAUAUCUUACAGAAAAAAACAUUUCACUACGAAAUUAUGGAACAGCGAAACGUGUUGUGGCAGCAAAGCCUGUUGUGGAGAUGGAUGGAGAUGAGAUGACACGUAUUAUUUGGGAGAAAAUUAAGGAGAAACUUAUUUUUCCAUAUGUGAAGUUGGAGUGCUUAUAUUACGAUUUGGGUCUACCUCAUCGAGACGCUACCAACGAUCAGGUGACUAUUGACGCUGCCCACGCCAUUCUCAAGCACAACGUCGGUAUCAAGUGCGCCACCAUUACACCAGACGAGCAAAGAGUUGAAGAGUUCAAGUUAAAGAAGAUGUGGCUGAGUCCAAAUGGAACGAUCCGGAACAUUCUCGGUGGUACGGUUUUCCGGGAGCCGAUUUUAUGCAAGAGCAUUCCCCGUUUGGUGCCGACCUGGACCAAACCCAUUGUCAUCGGGCGUCAUGCUCACGGCGAUCAGUACAAAGCGCAAGAUUUCGUUGUACCGAAACCAGGAAAGGUUGAGUUAGUGUACACUACAAAUGAUGGAACAACUGAGAAACAUUUACUGUAUGACUUCAAAUCUCCCGGUGUAGCACUGGGCAUGUACAACACUGAUGAAUCAAUACAAGCUUUUGCUCAUGCUAGUUUUCAGGUGGCCUUGCAAAAGAAAUGGCCUUUGUAUCUUUCCACAAAGAAUACUAUCCUUAAGCGCUAUGAUGGUCGUUUCAAAGACAUAUUCGAAGAAAUUUAUGAGAGUACAUACAAGAAGCAGUUUGAGGACGCUAAGAUUUGGUACGAGCAUCGCCUGAUUGAUGACAUGGUAGCGCAAGCGAUCAAGAGCUCCGGUGGGUUCGUGUGGGCCUGCAAGAAUUACGACGGCGACGUGCAGUCCGACGUAGUGGCACAGGGCUACGGAUCGCUGGGCAUGAUGACGUCGGUGCUGAUGUGCCCGGACGGGCGCACGGUGGAGUCGGAGGCGGCGCACGGCACCGUGACACGGCACUACCGCAUGCACCAGCAGGGCAAGCCCACCUCCACCAACCCCGUCGCCUCCAUCUACGCCUGGACCCGCGGCCUUGCACACCGCGCCAAGCUCGACGGCACCCCCGACCUAGAGCGCUUCGCUCUGGCUCUUGAGGAAGCAUGCGUGGAAUGCAUCGAUAGCGGCAAAAUGACGAAGGAUUUGGUUAUUUGUAUUCAUGGUAUGGCCAACACUAAAGAGGGCAUGUAUUUACAUACAGAAGACUUCCUGCAAGCUAUUGCCGAUCAACUCGAACAUACGCCACAUCGCGAUAUCAACAUCAUGCCGAGGGUGUACAAGCCGGAUCCUCAUGGCAAGAGAUAUAAAAAGUAUAGCAAGGAACUCAUCGAGCAGGCUCUUCAUUAUUGUUCCUCUGAGUAUGAUUGCUUACAAAACAAAAAUAGAUACAGCCGAGAGAUGAAUGAAUGGACAACAAAAAUAAAUGAAUUCAUAAAAUUAUCAACAGAAACCUAUAAAUCUUGUGAGAAAUCAAAUUGUAGUUGUCAUAAAGCUGUUAUUGACCAGGAUUUGUUACCUUUUAAAGAGGGAAUUGUGAAAGAACAAUUUGACAAUGCCAAACUAAAGGGUACAAAAUAUCAGAUUAUCGAGGGAAAGGUUUAUAGACAAAAGGAGUGCCACUUUCCAUUCAGAUGCUCUGGUGUAGAACAUUAUUUAAUCGCAUUGGCACCCAAAUUGCCAAACAUGGAACUUGUCAUAAAUACUAGAGACUGGCCACAGAUUAACCAUGCUUGGGGUCAUAAGAAAGCACCAGUGUUUUCUUUCAGUAAGACUAAAGAUUAUUAUGAUAUAAUGUAUCCUGCAUGGAGUUUUUGGGAAGGUGGACCAGCUAUAUCAUUAUAUCCAACAGGAAUAGGUCGUUGGGAUCAACAUAGGCUGUCAAUAUCUACAGCUGCUGAUAAGUGGCCAUGGGAGAAAAAGGAACCGCGAGCCUUUUUUAGAGGAUCAAGAACUAGUGAGGAGAGAGAUGCCUUGAUAUUGUUAUCUCGUUCUAGACCCGAUCUUGUUGAUGCACAAUAUACAAAAAAUCAAGCUUGGAAGUCAGAUGCGGACACACUUUAUGUACCUCCUGCAGCUGAAGUAUCAUUUGAAGAGCACUGCAAGUAUAAAUAUCUAUUUAACUACCGAGGGGUUGCUGCUAGUUUUCGGUUUAAGCACUUAUUUCUGUGCAAAUCUUUAGUAUUUCAUGUUGGAGAUGACUGGUUAGAAUUCUUCUAUCCAUCAUUAAAACCAUGGGUACAUUAUGUUCCUAUAAGCCCAAAAGCCAACCAAGAUGAGAUUAUUGAAUAUAUAGAAUAUUUUAAAGAAAAUGACUUCUUGGCUAAAGAAAUCGCAGAUCGAGGCUUUCAACACAUUUGGGAUAAUUUGACAGUGAAAGAUGUCAAAUGUUAUUGGAGAAAAUUAUUAAAAAGAUAUGCAAAACUCAUCAAAUAUGAAGUGAAAAAAGAUGUAGAUCUGAUUGCACUAUAA